GAGAACUGCUGAGUCACUUUUCCUGAAGUGAAAGUAAAGUGAGUCUGAGACAGCAGAGCUGCAGUCGAGACAAGUCUCUCUGUUUCUCUCUAAAGAAACAUUCAACUGAAUCCAGCAGCUUUCUCUCAACAACAACAACAACAACAACAACAACACAACAGAAUCUCUGACAAACACUGUUCAGGUUCUCAUUACUUCCUCCACCGCUCCCUGUUGGCGACGGGCCACAGAAGGAGGAGCUGUAGAGUCACUUUUCAGGAAGUGAAAGUAAAGUGAGUCUGAGACAUUCAACUGAAUCCAGCAGAUUUCUCUCAACAACAACAACAACAGAGUCUCUGACAAACACUGACUGUAGACAUGGCUGCUGCCAGCAUGCUGAUGACUGAGGAUCAGUUUCUGUGCUCCAUCUGUCUGGAUGUGUUCACUGAUCCAGUCACCAUACCAUGUGGACACAACUUCUGUAAAGCCUGCAUCACUCAACCCUGGAACAUCAAUGUCCCCUAUCACUGUCCCAACUGUAAGAAGUCUUUCUCCACCAGACCUGAGCUGCAGGUCAACACCUUCAUCUCUGAGAUGGCUGCUCAGUUCAGACAGUCAGCUCAACAGAAAGCCAGCAGCAGCAGCUCAGAGCAACAAGCUGCCAAACCAGGAGAAGUUCCCUGUGACGUCUGCACUGGAACCAAACUGAAGGCCCUGAAGUCCUGCCAGGUGUGUCUGGAGUCCUACUGUGAGACUCACCUGGAGCCUCAUCUGACAAGACCAGGUCUGAAGAGACAUCAGCUGAUCGACCCCGUGGAGAACCUGGAAGGCAGGAUGUGUACGAAGCACGACAAACUGCUGGAGCUGUUCUGUAAGACCGACCAGAUGUGUGUCUGCAUGCUCUGCACUUAUUCAGACCACAAGAACCAUGAUGUUGUUUCUCUGGAAGAAGAAUAUGAAGGUAAGAAGGCCGAGCUGGAGAAGACUGAGGCUGAAACCAAGCAGAUGAUCCAGAUGAGACAACUGAAGAUUCAGGAGAUCAAACACUCGGUGAAGCUCAGUGAGGAAGAUGCAGACAGAGAGAUAGCAGGUGGUGUUCAGGUCUUCACCGCUCUGAAGGAGUCUGUUGAGAGAAGCCAGGCUGAGCUCAUCGACACGAUCAAAGAGAAGCAGAGAAAGACAGAGAAACAGGCUGAAGGCUUCAUCAAAGAGCUGGAACAGGAAAUCUGUGAGUUGAAGAAGAGAAGCACUGAGGUGGAGCAGCUCUCACACUCCGAAGACCACCUCCACCUCUUCCAGAGCCUCAGGACCCUGAAGGCUGCUCCACCCACCAAGAACUGGAUUGGAGUCAGAGUCAGUCCACCUUCAUAUGAGGGGACUGUGAUGAGAGCUGUGAACCAGGUGGAGGAGACGCUCAGUAAACAGAUGAAGGUGGUCGAGCUGAAGGGGAUCCAGCAGUCUGCAGUGGAUGUGACACUUGAUCCUGAUUCAGCACAUCCUGAGCUCAUCCUUUUUUAUGAUGGAAAAAAAGUUAAACUUGGUAAUGUAAAGAAGAAUCGUCGAAACAACCCAGUGAGAUUUGAUCAAUGGUUUUGUGUCUUAGCAAAGCAGAGUUUCUCUUCAGGAAGAUUUUACUACGAGGUUCAGGUUAAAGGGAAUCCUAACUGGGAUUUAGGAGUGAUGAGAGAGUCGAUCAACAGGAAGGGAUUUAUCACACCGACUCCUCAGAAAGGUUUCUGGAUGAUAUGGUUGAAUGAGAAUGAGUACGAUGCUCUUGAAGACCCUCCAGUCCGUCUCUCUCUGAAGUCUCAGCCUCAGAAGGUGGGGGUGUUGGUGGAUUAUGAGGAGGGUCUGGUCUCCUUUUAUGACGUUGAUGCUGCAGCUCUUAUCUACUCCUUUACUGGCUGCUGCUUCACUGAGAAACUCUUCCCACUCUUUGGUCCAAGUGUUCUUACUCGUGGUAAAAACGCUGCUCCUUUGAUCAUCUCUCCUGUCAAUCACAGUGAGAAGAACAGACCAUUUGGUCUUAAACAGAAAGCAUCACAACUGUUUAAUUAAAUACAUGUAACGUUCCGGUGUCCCGUGGGCGGGCCCGCCAACUGUGCGCUGGAGAUUGUACCGUUCAUCGUCCAUCUAUUUAUAGUUAGGUACUAUUGUUGUAUGUUUCUGGAAACCUACGAUUCUUGUGAUUCUAACUAUCCACUCCAUUUCAAGAUCGGACCACCACAGCAGCUACAGGCAACGUUUUUGUCAGACAACAACAAACAAAUGUUUUUAAAAUCAAGCCGACUCACCGAUGAAGCUUCGUUUUGAGCCACACAUCACAUUCCAAUAAAAACGGUCUUGUUACGUCGUAAAAAGGUCCAUACGAUCCAAUUCAGUAAAAGAUUUUGUCCAAAACACGUGAUUACAUCCAUAAAUAUCCACAAACUGCUGGUGCGUCAUUUCAAAUGAGCCAAAUAUAUUUCAGAAAAGUAGCUGUAAAAGCCGUUCUCUGCUGCGCACCUUUACAACCCGGUUAUCAAACUGUUUGUUUGACUCUAACCUUUCGAUUGACACCAAAUGUAAGCCAAUAGGAGCAAGAUAUCCUCUUCUAAACCCACAUUAGCCAACCAGAGUCAGCGAAGAAGAAGAGGGCUGACCAACACUUAAGAGUGUUACCUUUCGAAAGAGACUAACACGUGCAUUUACUCCAAAUGGUUCUCCUACAGCUUUCAAUUUACUUUGGGUACGUCUGGAUAGGCUUUUUCGUGAAUUUUACAGGAACGCUAAGAGGUUAAUCAGUGAUGUAUGUUAUAUACAUUCAUUUUUCAGAUUGUGAACAAUGUAUUUUCCUCUGAGUCACAUUGCUACUCACUACGACAACACAUAUAUUAUAUCAUAGAUAUUUACCAGCUGCAACAGCGUGUUCAUGGUAUUGGUUUCAUCUUUUGAGUCUGUAUGUGUCAUCAAGGCAAAAUGAGAUCCUGGAGACACCUGCUGUAGCAUGAACAUGGGCAGUAGCAUGUGUUCAUGCCUUUCCGUGGACAGACUGUCAAUGCGAGAGUGUAACAACUGUGGAAGAAAUUAGGAAACGUUACAGGUGUGUAGCUGAGGAUCUAAUGUAGUCUAAUGUGUUAUGACUGCAGUACCUGCCUUCACGAGGGUUGAAUCACCAGAAGACAACGUGCUCAUAAAGAAGAAGUAUUUCCACAAUCCUUACAUUUUCCUGGACCGGCGAGGGCAUUUCCUACCAAUUAAAGCCUCUGAGGGAGCAGAGCAAAAGAAAAAUAACCUUUUAUGUCCAACAUUUUUUAGUGUCAGAUAAUCUCUGGUCUGUGUUUAUAGAGGAAACAAGUCUGUAAAGUUGCUUAAGCUAAUGCUACAAGAGACUGAAUCUCAGUGGGAAACAUUGAUCAGCAGCAUCACAACUGGUUUGGAAGCAGAUCGUGGUACAAAACAAAGUAUGUGGGAACUCUGGGAAUGGACUUUUCAGUGAGACAUCUGGUGUUCAGCAGUUCAACUUUCUAAUGACAAUUUGCAUUCCAACCAAAACACAUCUGGAUUGGACUUUUAAUUCUUACAUGUUAAUUUCUCACAAUGUACUGUAUGUUUACCCAUGCUGUACCCUGUCCUCUUAUCACCACAUAACAUGUUCCACUUCUGCAGACGGUUCAAUAGUACAUUGCAAAUAUAAUAUCAAAGACUUGUACUUUCUGCAAAUAUAUAAAAAGUAUACAAAAGUUACGCUAUCACCCAUUUUAAAAAUACAUCUUUUAACACUUUAAAAUUGUACUGUAGUGUACUUUCAAUAAGAAAAAUACACUUUAAGUGUAAGUUCUGUGCAAUGAACUUUUUUUUUCAAACAUUUUAAUAUUUUAAAAUGUAUGCUUUUAAAGCACAUUUGAUAAAUACCACAUUUCUUCUAUUAAGUAAACUUAUUCCUGCCAUUUUAAUAGUAUUAUUUGGGAAUUUGUUAAGGUAUCCUGUGAAAAUGCACCAAAAGCAAAUUUUUAAAAUAUAUAUUUUGAUAUCUUGCCGUUUUAGAAUAUCUUAGUCGGAAAGCUAACGUUAGCUAGCAUUUAAGCACAGUGUGACCUCUAGAAGAGCUUCAGUGUAAAUAUAACCACAUCUGUUUCAGCCAACGCAGCGUGCUUAUUAGCAGGUGCAAUGAUAGUUGUCAAUCUUUCAGGGCCACUUGAAUUCGGUAAGCAUGCCUUUUUUUGUUGUUCAUGGCUACAACAGUUAACUAGCUAACAGUGCAGUACAAUGGGAGUCAGGGAAGGGACGUCAUCGAGAAACAAGUUUCUGUUUACCAAUUUAAAAGUAACGUUUGUUGCACUUAAAAAAUCACACUUAUUGCUUUUGAUGAAACCAAAGCUUUUAUGACAUCUCUCGUCUCUUAACAGAUACUGUUAUUAAAAGUCCAGACGAGUGCCUCGGAUGUGUAACAAUGAGCGGUUCAGCCAACAAAACAAAAAUACACAAUAUGGAGCCUGUUUCAAUGUUUGUGGUUCAUAGUUAUACAUGUAAUAAAGAGAUUUUGAUUCCUA